AUGGCUAAAGUCGGUGACCAUCGAAAACUCCAACUUAAUGAGUUAGAAGAGCUCCACAAUGAUGCAUAUGAGAGCUCUAAAAUUUACAAGGCUAGAACUAAGGCAUUUUAUGAUAAACAUAUUUCUCGCAAGUCCUUCGAGCCUCACCAAAAAGUGUGGUUGUUUAAUGCCAAAUUCCAGUUGUUCUCGAGUAAACUCUGGUCUCGGUGGGAUGACCCAUAUGAGGUUAUUGAAGUCUUUCUACAUGGGGCGGUUGAUAUUAAAAAUCCACAAGAUGGUAUGGCCUUUAAGGUCAAUGGCCAACGAUUGAAACAUUAUGUGGAUGGUAUUGAGAAAGGGGAGAUGAUUGAGGUUAACCACUUGACGGACCCAAUAUAUCUUCCAUAG